GAAAGUUAAAAACUUUCAAGUUUUAAAUAUAUAAAGAUGUAUUUCUUUUGUGAGCAAUAUUUUUAAUUUCUUCUAAAAAUGAAUGAAGAAACAGGAAUAGGAAAACUAAUACAUGAUGGAUUAGAUAACGUUGCUCUUUAUCAUGGCUUUUACACUAAAUUUAAACAAAUCUGAGUUUGAUGCAACUCUUCAAAUAAAGGCAGUUGAACGGCAAGAGUUCCAGAGGCGUGUAUUCCAAAAUUGGAUUAAUAGCAGGCUGAAAAAUUACCCAGAUUCUGUUCAAGUAAAUGACUUGUUUAAAGAUUUAAGAGAUGGAACAACCUUACUGAAAUUAUUGGAAGUCCUCACUGGAAAAAAACUGAAACCUGUUAAAGGAAACAUGAGACUUCAUCACGUUAAUAACCACAACAAUGCACUAAAUGUCUUAAAAGAAUACAAUGUGAAGUUGAUUGGAAUACAUGCCAAUAGCUUAGCAGAUGGGGAUCAGCUGACAACAAUGGGCUUAUGUUGGAAUAUAAUGUAUAGAUUCCAGAUUGUUGAAGCUAUGAAAGGUGGCGACAGUAAAAAUGCAGAAAAAGAAUUGCUUGAUUGGUGUCAAUAUAUACUUAAAAGUUUUGCUGGUAUAGAAAUAAAUAGCUUUCAGCCAAGUAAAUGGAAAGAUGGUUAUGCAUUGAAUGGAAUUAUUCAUUCAUUUCAACCGAGUUUAUUUAACAUGAAUGAUCUAUCAAAAAUGGGAGAUGCUGCUCGUAUAGAAAAUGCCAUUUACCAUGCAAAGCAUACUUUUGGUGUGGAGCCUGUUUUUGAGCCAAACGAUAUGAUAAGCGACUUAGUUGAUAGUAAGAGCUUUGUGAUUUAUAUCAGUCAGUUGUAUAUGGUACUAAGUAGUCUUACCCCAUCCUCCAAAAAUGAUGAAAGUCUAAGUAAGGUGGAAAAAGCAAUAUUGGAUGAAUUACAAUUUUUGUCAAGCAAGCACGAUUCAACUUUGCUACAAGCUCUUCAGAAUCCAACACUUAAAGACUUAAAGAAACGAUACAGAAAUUAUAAUGUAUUCUUUAAAGAGCUUGAAGCUGCAACUGAAAGAAUUAACUCUGUUAAAGUGGACUAUGAAUGUAUUAUGCAAUCAAAUAAUAUUGCAAGUGUAGAUAAGGAGAAUGUAACAUUAUCAUUUGAAAAAUUGAUUAAUACUUAUAAAACAUUGCAAUCAAAUGCUCAAGUUGCACGCAAUGCUGUUCAAUCGAAAUUAGUAAGUCAUCUGAUAGAACAGUUUGAUCAAGUUUUUGAAGUAAUCAAGCAGGUGAAACAUGAUCAUGAUAAUAUCUCUAAAACAUUAAAUGAUGAACAUUCAUUGUUAAGUGAAGUGCAAGAAAAAAAUGUUUUGUGUGAGAAAACUAUUGCAGUUUUAUCAGAAAUGAAACCUUUAGUGAAAUCUUUAAAUGAUCUUAGUGAACAACUUUCUCGUGACCUAUCAAUAAAUGAACCUGUUAAAAAGAAGUUACAUAUGGCAGGCAACAAUGUUCAAAAUGAGUUUGAAAUUCUCAUUGUUUCUUUGCAAAAGCUAUUAGAAAGGUCUCAGAAGGUUCUUGAUGAAAAAAAGUUUAAAGAUAAGAUGAAAAACUGGCUUUCUGGAAUCCAGUCUCUUCAAAUAUGGCUAAAGCAGUCACUGCAGCUCAAGAUAGACUUUAACUCUGAACAACUUGAUAAUGAAUUAAACAAAAUCAAAGCUUGCUUAUCUGAUGUUGAUUCAAAGUGGAACGAUUUUUUAAAGUUAACAACAGAGUGGAAUGAAACACUUUGUGACAUAGUAAAAAAUAAUGAUUAUGCUGUCAUGCAAGAAGAUGUGCAGAAGGAUUUUGCUGAUUUACAUAAAAUGCUUGUUCAUUCGAAUAACCAGUGUGAAAUGAUGAUCAGUGAGAACCUGAUAAAAGAUCAAAGCAAUAUUUUGCAAGAAUGGAAGAGUUUUUUUAAUCCAAUGUAUGAAGAAAUAAAUCUACUUGUGAAUAGCUUAGUUAAGCAUCCGAUGGAAAUGGAUAUCAUAUCAGCUAAACGUAGAAAACAAAAUAUAAAGGAGUAUGAAAAUAAAAUAAGCAAUUACAUGAAAGAAAUAGAACUUUUAAAGGAAAGAAAGUUACGUAUUAUAAAACAGAAAGGAUUUUCUGUUGAAAUUGAAAGUACUAUUGAAAAGGAUAUUGAAGUAGUUCAAAGUUUACUUUUAAACGUCAAAGUUGCAGUUAAAGAAUUCAAUAAACUCUUUUUGGAUGAUUACCAAAAACUUAAAAAAAGGGAAAACAAUUUGUUUGGUAACUUUGUGAAAAAAUAUGAAAUCGUAAUGUUAUGGAUUCAAGAAAAUGAGGCUAACAUUGAAAAAUUUAUGUCAAUGGAAAACAUUUUUGAUUGCUCAAAAGAGGUACAAAGUCUUUUAGAAGAAAUAAUGAAAUACCAUGAAAAAAUUGAAAGUAUUCUGAAUGAGGGCAAUCAAGCAUUGAAAUCAAAUUUUUUUGGGAAAAGUAAAUCUGAAAAAGUCAAUCUUCAGAUGUCAUCUCUUGCAAAGAACUGGGAUAAGUUGGCAGAUUCAGUUAGUUUAUUGGAGCAAAAAUACAUUUCUGCUAUGAAUGAGAAAUCGCAUUUGUCAACCUUCAAAAACAAAACAAACACUUUAAUGUGUUAUGUUGAAGAAAAAAUACAAAUAUUCCACCAAAUUGGAAAAGAAGCAGAUCCUAAAAUAGCAUUAGCUUGUUUAGAGAAUCUGAUUGCAGAGUUAAAAGAAAAAGAUGCAGAAUUUAAAAGAGCCAAUGUUGAUCUUGAUGCUACAUUAAAAAACAAUAACUUUAGUAAAACGUUUUUAUUACUUGUAAAUACUGAACUAUCAUCUGUUGACAAAAGUUGGCAAAGUCUAUGUGGAGAAGUUCAAAGCGCUAUUAUACGUCUGAAGGCUGUUUGUGAGAGAGAAAGUGAUUUAGAAAAACAAACAAUGAAAGGCUGGUCAAAGAUGGCUCAUUUUAUUAAUGAUUGGUUAGAACAUGCAGAAAUUUUACUUGAAACAUAUUCACAACUGCCCAAUGAUUUGGAAAGUUUGACCAAUACUAUGCAGAAGUUUGAGGAAGUUCUAAUAAAUUUAACAACAGAGGAAAAGAAAGUAGAUGAACAAUUAGAUUAUGGAGAACUAUUGAUUCAAAACAAAAGUUUUAAGCAAUCCAACAUAAAUGAAAUCACUGAUAAUAUCAAUAGCUUUAAAACUCGAAAGCAAUCUGUCAAAAAAAAUAUCCAGUGCCAACAAUCUCGUAUAAAAGAACUUUUGGAAGAACUGAAGGCUAUAGAAAAUGCAGAAUUUACCUCGUGGGUGCAACAAGCCAAUAUUGUAAAGCAAAAGUUAGAAGAAUUUGAUACUAAAGAAAAAGAAGUACAAACUAUUAGUGAUGCCAGAAAAGCUGCUGAUGAUCAGAAGGAAAUUAUCUGCAGGUUAUCUUCUUGUGAAGCUGAUAUGAAUGCUUUAUUUAUAUAUGGAAAUGCUCUGCUGAAAAACAAGAAAUUUGGGGAAGAAAAAAGCUUCGCUUUGAAUAAAGAAACAAAUGAAAUAAAAGAACACUGGGAUGAGCUUAAUAAAACUCUUUCUACAAUUAAUGCAAAUUAUGAAAAAAAGCUUCAACUACUGCAUUUACAAGCCAACAAUAAAGUCAUCAGUUUAGUUGAUAAGCUAAAUGCUUCGUGUAGUUGGUUGGACUUUGUUAAAGCACAGGUUGACAAUCUUAUAAGUAGAAAGACAAACAAAGUUUCUGUCCUUUUGAGUCAAGAACAUGCUUUAAAGAAACAUUUCUCUGAUCUGGACUCAAAAGCAAAUGAAUUUGAAGCUAUUGUAAAAUUAGCAGACAGUGUUUUAAUAGAAAUUACAGCAAACAACUUAAAUAAUCAAGAAGUUGAGCAACAUUUGCAUCAAUUCAAAGGAAAAUGGAGUAACUUAGUUGAUCAGCUUGAUUCUCAAUUUAGAAGUUUGUAUGAUAAGAUUAACAGUUUACUGGAUGAUAAAAAGGGACAAAUUUUUAAAAUGCUGCACUUGUUAAAAGAUAAUUUAAAUGAAACACAGCUCAACAACGAUAAGCAAAAUAUCAAAAGAAAUAUUAAUAAAAUAGAGAAUUGGUUAAGCGAAAUUGAGAAACAGAAAGAAAAGUUAGAAGAUCUAAAUGGUUUUGUUAAUGAAAUAUGUCAUUUUUUACCAAAUGGGACAAAACAGAUUAUUGAUAGUGCAUUUGAAAACUUGGAUCAUUCUAAAACUGUUUAUGAAAAAGUUUUUGAAAGGUUUAAUGUUUUAAUGCUGCAAUUGAUUAGCCAAAGAUUACAACUAAGUGGCACUGCGAUUCAAGAAAUAACAGUAGAGGCUGCAAAUCUAGAAAAGAAAGAAUUUAUUAGGUUCGAAGAUACUGCUGGUUUGUUAAUAAAUUUAAAGAAUGUUGUGUACAAAGGUGACCAAAUCAAGUUUGAAUUAGACUUAGUUACAGAUCAACUUACUGAGCUUAAGGAGUGUGGUGCAUUAGAUGCUCUUAAAUAUCAAAAAAUGACUCAACAAAAAAGAGAAUUAUCAAAUGAAAUGCAGUUGUUAUCAUCCAAAUUUUUUAUUCAAAAAGAGAAGUAUUUGAGUUUCAUAAACAACUUGGUUCUCAAAAAACUGGAUGAUUUUUCUGCGUGGUUGCCAAUCAUAAAAAAGCAAAGCUACGAAAACAUCAAAAUAAAUGCAUCAGACAUAACUGUUUUGAAAAAUCAGCUAAAUGAGAUGAAGGAAAUAGAACAACAAAUUGAUGAAAAGUCUUUUAAUUCAAUUUUGUUCAACAAAGAUGUUUCAAUAAAUGAUGUUUUGAAUGAGAGUUUAAUCAAUCAAGUGAACUUUGCUGUUGAAGAAUGGAAUUAUGUUCAGCAAUGGGCAAAUAAAAGGAAAGAACUGUUACUUUAUGGUCUUCAAAAAUGGGAGGAAUUUAUGCAAUGUAAAAAAGAUUUACUGGAUUAUCUACAAGAAAAUGAAAAAGAUUUAUUGUUAUGGAACCAAUUGGAUUUAAAUGACGCGUCUAAUGUUGAAGCAAAGUUAAAUAUGCUUGAAAACAUUACUAACGCUAUGCAACGAAGACGAGAACAUGUUAUAAAUUUUAAUAAAGUAGCUGAUGACUUGUUGGUUAUAAUUGGUGAUGAUAUGAAUGAGAUAAAUAGCGUUCUUUCUCAAGUUGCUGAUGUUCACGAUUUCUGGAACAGAAUGGUUAAAAACUCUAUUGGUAACAGUAAAAAGUUGCAAAAGUCUCGCCAAAUGGUAAUUGAACUAGAGCAAGGUAUUAAUGUUGUUGAUACAUGGCUGACAUUGACAUCAUCUUUGUUAGAAAUAGUAACUGAAAACCUGGAGAUAGCGCAAUUAGAAGCUAUUUUAAUAGAGAUUAAGGAGAAAGACAGUGAAAGGAACAAAAUCAAGGAAUGUCUUGAGUCUGUUAGCGACUGGUAUGCUCAACUCGAUGGAAACGAUGAUACGCGAUCCCAUUUUUCUGUUCGCAAAAAUAUUAAAGAAUUAGAUGAUGAAUUUACAGACGUUAUUGAAAAAAUUAAUAAUCUGAACAACUUAAAAGGAAAAGGUAAAUUGUUGUGGUAUCGUUUAAAAGGAAACUUUAAUAAUACUAAUGACUCAAAUCCAAUAGCCUCCAAUAAGGAGGGUGGAACAACGAUGUUUGGACGUUUAGUUGAAAGAACCGUUUCAUUAUUUAAAACUGAAAAAAAAGUGACACCAGUUACCGAAGAAUAAUAAUUAUUAUGUUUUAAUGCAACAGCAUCGCAUUUUGCUACCCAUAAUAAUAAUUACUUGCUUUUUUAGUCAGAAAAAACUAUUUUUUUCGCUUUAUUUAUGUAUAAAUAAACUAACAAAUUUUAGGCAGAAAUCCUUUUUUGUAUAUAACUAAUAAAUAAUAGAAAAAAUUGUUUUGUCGCCUCUCUUUUUUUUAAGCAUUUUAUCUGCAUCGAAUAUAGUGUAAAUAUGUAAAAUAUAUUUUGAAAUCAAUGGUGUUAAAUUUUCAUGAAGCAGAUAUGGGUGAAUAUAUUUUAGGUUUUACCUUAUGUAUAUUUAUUUUGAAACGACCAAGUGUUAAGAAUAAAAAAAAUAUUUCAAUUUUAUGGUGAAA